AUCACGUGAACACACACACAGAGUUCCAACACAUAGUUUCAAACAUGGAGGGCGACGAGGACCGCGAGGCGCUCCUGCCGGGGGCCACCGACCGGCCGAAGAUGGCGGCAAUCUGCGAUCCCAGCCGGCUCGCCCACAGGAUCGUGGUGCUGAUCCUGAUGUGUUUCCUUGGAUUCGGUAGCUAUUUUUGCUAUGAUAAUCCGGCUGCUCUGCAAACUCAGGUCCAGCUUGACAUGAAAGUGAAUACUGCCAGCUUCAUGCAGCUGUAUGCUUUUUACUCUUGGCCCAAUGUUGUUCUUUGUUUCUUUGGAGGAUUUCUGAUUGAUCGUGUGUUUGGAAUUAGGUGGGGCACUAUAAUAUUUAGCCUGUUUGUUUGUGUUGGGCAAGUAAUAUUUGCUGCAGGUGCCUUAUUUAAUGCCUACUGGUUGAUGGAAACUGGGCGACUAGUAUUUGGUAUUGGCGGGGAAUCACUUGCUGUUGCUCAGAAUACAUAUGCUGUCAGUUGGUUCAAAGGAAAGGAACUGAAUCUGGUGUUUGGAUUGCAGCUUAGUAUGGCAAGAGUGGGCAGCACGGUGAAUAUGAAUAUUAUGGGGCUGGUGUAUUCCCGGAUAAAGGAUCUCAUGGGCUCUGCUGGUUAUACGACACUUGGUGUGACACUCAUGAUUGGGGGUAUAACGUGCCUGUUUUCUUUAGCAUGUGCGUUAGUACUUGGUUAUUUGGACAAGCGAGCUGAGAAAAUUUUGAACAAAGAGCAGGGAAAAACAGGUGAAGUCAUUAAACUAACUGAUGUCAAGGACUUCUCCCUCUCUCUCUGGCUGAUAUUUAUGGUCUGCGUGUGUUACUACGUUGCUGUGUUUCCUUUUAUCGGGCUUGGAAAGGUCUUCUUCAUAGAAAAAUUCAAUUUUUCACCAUUACAAGCAGGUGCAAUAAACAGUGUGGUCUACAUCAUCUCAGCGCCUCUGUCACCCUUAUUUGGAUUUAUGGUUGAUCGAAUUGGGAAGAACAUUAUCUGGGUAAUGUGUGCGGUGGUAGCGACACUCUGUGCCCAUAUGAUGUUGGCCUUUACUUUCUGGAAUCCUUGGAUUGCUAUGAGUUUACUGGGAGUUUCCUAUUCUUUGUUAGCUUGCGCUCUGUGGCCCAUGGUAGCUUUUGUUGUUCCAGAACAUCAGCUGGGUACUGCAUAUGGAUUCAUGCAGUCGAUCCAGAACCUCGGUCUUGCUAUUAUUGCCAUUGUUUCGGGUAUCAUACUGGACACUAGUGGAUAUCUCUUUCUAGAAGUUUUUUUUAGUGCUUGCAUUUGUGUGGCCAUUAUAGCAGUGGUUAUGCUGUAUUUUGUCAACCUUGUUAGAGGUGGAGAUCUCAAUUUAUCUUCUUGGGAGAGAGCGAAACUGCUGAAGCAAGCGGCUAUUGAGGCUGAGAAGGACAGGCUGCGACGUGAAAGUGUUGACUGGAAUAGGAUUCGUCCAAUGUCUGCCUUUGCUGUGAGAGUUAGAUAUCUUUCCAGGCUUGGAGCAAUGCUGCCGGACCAUUUAACCAGCCAUCAAUCGGCACUGAGCCACAGGAGUGUUCUGAAAUAAUGUUUUACCCAGGGAAUGGUACUCAUCGAUGUCAUAUGGUUUACAUAGCACAUGGUUUUUCAAACCUCCUAUCUUGCACAUAGGGUUUAUAUAAAAUCAUGUGUAUACUCUGUGUCCACUAUUCUACACAAUACAAAUCAUGUGAAGAAACUUGGUAGAUUUGUAAGUGGAAUAUUAUUUUUUUUCUAUGGCAAAUUGCACUACGACAUCUAAUAUUACCUUUUCAAGCUGUUUUCUGUUGGUAGCAUCACCUUCACCUUGGAUGUGUGAUGCCAUUGUGUAGCAAUAUUAACAUUCUAAUCUAAAAUCCAACCAUUUCAUUGUCAUGUAAUAACACAUUGGAAAUCCAAUAGUGUAAAAAAAUUAAAAAACUUUCUUACAGGGAUAAACCAGAUGUUAGAUUUUAAGAAUCUGUUUCUCUGAGUUACCAAUUGCAAUAGAAUAAUCUAAUGUUAUAAGCUAGACACUAUAUGGUAAAUAUUGUAUUAAAACUGAAAUGUCAUAAAAAAAUGCAAAUGGGCAAAACUAGUAUAAAUGCUUAUACAUAAUGCUUUAUACUAAAUACCCGGUGUCUGAGCAGAACUUUAAAGUGGACUUGUCACUUCCUAUGUUUAUAUAAUGUUAUGUUUACUUAUCCCUCUAUAUAAAAAAAUGUGUAUGAGGUGUAAAAAUGAAAUAUAGAUAUCCCCACCUCUUUAUCCAGCUAUUGGGUGCCUCUAUAUAAGCUAUUUCCUUUGCACCUGGCAGUCAGCUUAGUGAAAACCUACAGAGAAGGUGAGAAAUUAAACAAUAUUUCUGUUUCACCUUUUCAUUGCCUUGUCUGAAUGGGAUUAUGACAUCCUUUGCUAAAUCUAUAAUAUA